AUGGGAACUAAGCGCCCCCUCCAUGAACGAUCACCACCUGGAUUGGACAUUGUACCAGCCAGUCAAAGAAGACGACUUUCUUUUUCUAACAGUGACUUAUCAGAUACUCGACAAUUAAAGGGCCUCUACGAACUCUGUCUUGAUCAAGUACUCCGAGGAUUACACCCAGUUUCAAGAGACACGGCUAUUAAACUUGCUGCAAUUCAAUGUUUCGUACAAUAUGGACCUUUUUAUGAUGGAGUACAAAGCAGUGUUCGUGCUUACAAUUUGUUACCGAAAGAAUAUUUACAUGCAAGGGAACACGAGAAAAAUAUAAUUGAACAAUACCGAAAUUUAAUUUUUCCAAACGACAUAGCUGCUCAACGGAAAUAUUGUGACAUUUGUAAGAAUCUUCCAACAUACGGAAUGAUUUUUUUCAAUGUAAAGGAACCUGUCCGAAAUAGUGAGCUUUUAGAUUUUAUUAGAAAUAAUGGAAAGACUGGGGAACUGGUGCCUCGUCUAUUUGGUGUUAAUAAAGAAUGUGUAAUGAGUGUUGACAAAAAGAAUAAGGUUGUUCUCAAAUCCUGGCCGUUGGAGCAACUUAGGAGAUGGGCUGCCUCUCCAAAUACUUUUAAUAUUGAUUUUGGUGAUUAUCAAGAUGGAUAUUACUCUGUUCAGACGCCAGAGGCAGGGAAGAUUAAACGACUCAUAGCUGAAUUUGUGGAUAUAAUACUUAUCAAAAAACAAUUAGUGGACCCUUUUGGUGUUGAGGGGGAUGAAGGGGCUAUUAUGAUUGAAGACUUUGUACAUCGUGCCCGUUCUGUUCCUCUAUCGGCCGAGGAUUUACAGCAAAUACAGGAAAGUGAAAAAGAUGUUAGAAGAGCAAAACCUGUUGAACCUCAUGAACGUUAUGAACAAGUUGUUGUUCCAGAAGGCUUUGUGCCCUCAAUGGAUGAUCAGAAAUUAAUUGAACAUUACCGCCCAAUGACAGUUCCGAUUCCGGUUGCCGAGUUUCCAAGGAGUUAUCAACGUCUUCCUAGCGCUCCUCCAUUAAUUAACAUCACCCAACCAACAACUCCCCAAUCCCCUAUUCAUUUUACCCAGACAGAACGUUACGAACAAUUACCCCCGCAAAUUUUUGAAGAAACUACCAAAAUUUCACCACAAAAUGUUCCAGGCAAUUUUUAAUUAAAAAAUAUCGUGAAGAAGCCUAUAAUCUUUAUUAAAAAUUUUCAGUGUCUUCGAAGCCACCAGAUAUUCUUCAAAUUCAAAUCCCACCACCUUUGCUACCGCCACCUGUUUCUGUUGAAAUUAUUGAUAAUUCUAGAGAAAAGAAACCCUUACAACCUCCGAUUUCACCACCACCAAUCACCACCAAAGUUGAUUUAAUUCGAGAACAAUCCGAACAGCAUCAUUUUUCAGCCUUUACCUCCAAUCAAAUUGCCUAUGAAAUUUGUUCU